UGUUUUGUCGUAUUUUAAACCUGGCGUGAAAUUUUCAGACAAAAUUCGAUAAAAGUAACUAAAAUUUGUACAGUUUCAUUAUAUUAAUUUUGAAUUACUUGGAUUUAGUGAAGUGAAGAGCCAGUUCGGUGUUCUAAACUGUAUCUCCGAAUCUCCAAAAUGAUUGUAACGCUCAAUCUCAGAGAGAAGUAGAAGCCGUAAAUUGAUGCGAGUUAAUCACAGAAUAAUCGGCGCGGCGAUAAGACGCUUCUAUUGAGCGUAUUGAUUUACUAAACUAUCACCCUUUGAAACGGAAGCCAAUCAGUCAAUUGACAAACGCAGCAAUGAAAUUGCAUGGACGGACUGCAGUUUUUAUUCUGUGCAUACUCAUACAAAUCAACAAGAGGAGCGAAAUUACAGCCUGCGGUCAACUUCAAAAUACGCUCAUUCCUCACAUAAGCAAUGCGCACGACACACAUCGUUGGCCUUGGCACGUGGCCAUAUAUCACCAUUUUAGAACUAAGACUACUUAUCAAUGUGGCGGAACUCUUAUCAGUUCAAACUUCAUUAUCACGGCAGCUCACUGUGUUAUGAUCGCACCGGAACGCGUUUCAGUUUCUUUGGGAAGGCUUCGUUUGAAUUCCCAUGAAAGUACCGCUCCGUUGAUGAAGGUUGCUGCAAUAGUUACACAUCCAGAAUACAUCGAAGAUAACAAUGAAAACGACAUCGCAAUUAUUACCCUUGCAACAGAGGCCGUUUUCAACAGCUACGUACAACCGAUCUGCGUGUGGAGGUCAGACAAAAUGGACUUAUACGAAGUGAUAGGCAAAGCUGGUACUGUUGUUGGAUGGGGUCUUACAGAAAAGGGUGAAACAUCGAACGUACUCCAAGAAGCCACUUUGCCAGUCGUGGCGCCCCUUAAAUGUCUUAGGAGCAAUCGUGACUUGUUUGGACGGUUCAUAACGGAAACAAAUUUCUGUGCUGGCAACCUAAACGGCACCAGUGUCUGCUCGGGAGAUAGUGGUGGGUCGAUGACGUUUCAAGAAAAUGGAACGUUUUACAUUCGGGGAAUCGUGUCAGUGGGAGCGAGCAAACUCGACCGAAUUACUAAUCAAAUUGUGUGCGACACGAGUCAGUAUGCAGUGUUCACAGACGUUGCACAGUAUUUACCAUGGAUCACUGAGACAACCAAAUUCGGAACAGAAACACGAGAAUAUAUCCGAGACCCAUGCGUACCAUCACCUUGUGGAGAAAAUGCUGACUGCAAUGAACUCAAUGGAGUGGCGAGAUGCACUUGCGUUCCCUCAUACAUUGGUGAUGCUUAUACAACUGGAUGUCGUCCUCCGAAAUGUAAAUCAAGUGAUGAUUGUCCGAGUGAUUUAGCUUGUAUCAAUCAGCAUUGUAACGAUCCGUGCAGUGAAUUUUGUGGAGUUGGAGCUAGGUGUCGCGUUGUAGAACACAAUCCCAUUUGCACCUGUGCGGAUAAUUAUACUGGCGAUCCGUUCAAUCAAUGUGUACAGAAGAGUGAGCAAACGGUUGAACAAUGCACAGCUCGCUCUGGUGAGCCAGGUGAAUGUGUAAAAAUAACUGAAUGCAUUCCCAUUCAAAACGACAUUCGCAAGCAAAUUGUAAGCCACGUCGUAUGCGGAUAUGAUGGACAUUUACAGAUUGUUUGCUGUCCGAUCGCUGCGCAACCGGUGGCUACAACAACAAAUCGACCGAUUUCAGAUCGCAUCAGUGCAAGAAAAUGUGACGAGUACAAUGAAUUUUCGUACAAUAAGAUUUCUGUAUCGAGACCACCAGUCGAAAUGAAAGUGUCGAACUGUGCACAUAUAGCGACGCCAUUAAUUUUGGGAGGUACAGAAGCGAAACUGCGAGAAUUCCCUCACAUGGCUUUGAUCGGAUUUGGAGAUGAUGACGGAACCAUUUAUUGGGACUGCGGCGGUACGCUUGUCAGCGAACAAUUCGUUCUCAGUGCGGCUCAAUGCAUCAAUUCAUUGUCCUAUGGCCCUGCCAAGUACGUCCGACUAGGGGAGCACGACAAAAACCGUGUAGACGAUGGCACAGUGAUUGACCUUCGAAUAAUAGAGAGUAUUCCACAUCCUGAUUUCCAUUAUCCCAUACGGUACAACGACAUCUGCUUACAUAAGCUGGAACGUAGAGUCAAACUAAGUGGGUCCAUUCGACCGGCAUGUCUCCCGCAGGCAUGGGCUGUACCCACCAAAACUGCUAUCGCAUCGGGAUGGGGAGUUGUCGCUUGGAGAGGAGAGCAAAGCAGUGUGCUGAGAAAAGUCGUUCUCGACAUGUUUUCGCAGAGUGAAUGCAACAGCACUUAUAGCGACAACAUCAAUCGAAAACUUAACAGAGGGAUAGUGGAAGAAACUCAAGUUUGUGCGGGUUCGCAUACUGAAGAAAAGGACACUUGCCAAGGUGAUUCUGGCGGACCUCUGCAAAUUUUUCAUCCAACUGUAUCAUGCAGCUACGUUGUCGUUGGUAUAGCAUCGUUCGGAAAGGCCUGCGGCACGAUUGGAAUUCCUGGCGUUUAUACUCGAGUUUUUGCCUACUUGAAUUGGAUUGAAAAAAUUGUCUGGCCUGAUCAGUAAAUUGUAGCCUACGGACUUUCAGUUUUACAAUAAAUGCGUUUAGUAACUAA